GUCAGGAGCAGAUACAUGCCAAAAAUCUAUUAGGAUGGACCUCUUUGUUCAUUUUUCACUCAUCCCAGCGGUUCUGAUAACACUUCUUUUAUCAUAUUUGCAACGACGUGCUAGACAUCAAAAACUCAUUGAUAAAGUUCCACUGGACAAAAGAUUUGGAAUAGUUGUGCCAGUAAACUUUAUAAGCAGCUACACCAACAGAUGGUCUUAUGGAGCUGCAUGUGGAGCGACUGCAACCACUGUAUUUCUGCUGUUCUUCAAUGAGUAUUCAAACUACUUCAACUUUAGUGCACCACCCUGGGCCAAAGCUCUUGUGUAUCUCCUGUCUUCACUGGAGGUUGGCCUGGAUUAUUAUCCAUUUUUUGCAUGCCUGUCAACAAACCACAGAUUGAUUGGUUCAUCUCUGGGAUUUUGCUAUGCUCUUAGUUGGUUCUGUGUGCAGGUUGCAGACAUUUUUGAAUGUCAGAAGAUAUCUACUACAUCAGUCAUCCUCAUCCUCACCCCAGUCCCGUCUUUGAUUUGCUGCCUAUUUCUGAUGGGAAAAUUCCUGCACAUGCUGGUGAAUGUGGUCAAGGUUUUUCAUAGGCCUGAUAUACAACAGGAGAACGAAGAACCCCUGUUACCAUACCACUUGUUAUGUUAUGUCAGACACCUCUUGCACCCUGUACCAGAAAUAAAGUCUACACGGAGCUCCUGCAUCAACCAGAAGAUAUACACCUGGGAUCCAUAUUUUAAAUUCCCCACAAGAAUGAUUGUGACAGUCGUGCUAUGCCUUAUCUGCUUGUAUAAUUUUGUUUUAGUGGAUUUGUUCGUCUCACCCAAAGCCGUACAAGGCCUGGACAAACUUGUGAUGGGAUCUGUUAACGUCUCAUUUGCCAACAAAACAAAGAUGGUCUUACGUGUACUAAGAGAGAGCUGGUUUUUCUCCACCUUCCCUGCCGCCUUCACAAGUGUAAUUUACAUCUUCCAUGUGCUCUCUUGCUACAGGAAGCAAAUUAAACAACUUUAUAAAGGUGUGUCUAACGUUUCCUGUAGGAGUCGUCCACCUGCUAUUCUGGCAGCUAGUAUCCGAUACACAGGAAAUCAGAUUGCAUAUUUGCUAUGGGGAUAUUUUCUCCUGCACAUUCUGUUCUUCUUGAUAAGUCUGAUAGUUACGUUCUGGAUCAUCAUCCCAAUACGAGAAGGAAAGGGAAUGCUGAUUCUACAAGGCGUGGGUUACACAGUGUUGGGAAUAGUACUGAUGAUAGCUGUAAUCAUUGCUCAGAUCCUAGCAGCUCAGUUCUGGUUUUUGCAGGACAAACUUUCUCCAGCAGACAAGGUCAAACCACUGGCCAUUAAUAACAGGAGAGCCUUUCAGAACUUCAGCUAUUUCUUCAUGUUCUACUCUGCAAUCUUGGGUUUUGGAGCUUGUCUGAUCAGGGUCAUACUCAAUGUUUUCCUUGGGAGCUGGUUACUGGCAAGGAUUGACCGUCCAAUCUUCCCAAGAGGUUAUGAGGCUGCUGAUAUGGGAUACAGGACGUGGAUUGGUAUGCUUCAGGUGGACUUGUAUCACACUCAUCCUGUAGCUCUGUCCUUCUGUCACCUCCUCCUGCAGGCCUCAGCUUCCAAACAGGAUCAAACAAGUCCAGAUGUUCCCCGGGACAUCAGGAAUAAACAAGCCAGGACAAAAUGGCAUUUAGCGUAUACUCUGGUCAACAACCCUGUACUGACCUUGAGCAGGAAGGCCAAUAGCUGCUGCUCCUCUUCUUCAACUCAGAAUCAGUAUGCGUUGGAGCGGUUACUAAUCUCAGCUGUACGCACCCGCUUCCAGGCACAGAAACGACAGACAAUUAACAUAACAGAUGAUUAAUAGAAACUACUGAUCAACCUGGAAUUAACCAUCUUCUGCAUACCUGGCAUUAAACAAUGGAUAUAAACUGGAGUACUGUGGAUACACUUGUUAGUUACUUACGGGGAAGUGUAAUGUUUUACUCAGCAGCCUUCUGUUCCCUGAUAAGCAGGUUAUUUUGUUGACUUAUAGAAUGAAUAAACUGGUGAAGUUUUUACUCUUUCUUCCUGCCAGGUGGCAUUAUCAUACUCCAUAUACUCCAUAUACUUGUACUUUAUACAGGUCAAUAUGCAUUGGUGGUUCCAC